AUGGCUAUUACGGACUGCAAAUGUUACCCAACGAUCACUGUCGCUGUGUUUGGAGUCGGUGCUGUGGGCCUGGCGGUUGCUGAAGGGGCCAGGUAUAGAAAAGCUUCCAAAAUUAUAGGCAUUGACAUCAACCCAGACAAGUUUGCCUUAGGAAAGCCAAUGGGCAUCACAGAUUUUGUCAACCCCAAAGAUCACGAGAAGCCGACGCAUGAGGUGAUAAGGCAGUUGACCGGAGGAGGAGUUGACUUCAGCUUUGAGUGCUCUGGAAACCUUGACGUCCUGCGUGAGGCUUUCCAAUCAACCCAUGACGGAUGGGGUUUGACUGUGAUGUUAGGCAUCCAUCCCACCCCAAGAAUGCUCCCUUUGCACCCCAUGGAGUUCUUCGACGGCCGGAGGUUGGUCGCCAGUAUCUUUGGAGACUGUAAGGGCAAGUCGCAGCUACCUUCGUUUGCAGAGAAAUGCGGGCGUGGAGUGAGUGAAUCUUAA